UACCGUUCCUUCUCUCUCAUCUCUCUCUCUCUCUCUCUCUCUAGACUAUUAGAGGAAGAUCAUCACAGUCUUGACUUCAAGUAUUGAGACUCCAUUCAUCUACCUAAUUUUCUUCUUCAUCUUUGCCCUGUCUGGUCGUAUCACUAUUUUCUCUUUCUACAUUGUCUCUCUGUUUCUGCUUCUGUCUCUUCUCUGAUUCAGAUCAAUGGAUAUCCAAGAUCAAAGAAAGACAGCUCCUUCAGGGCAUGAGAGCCAUGGGGUUUAUCUAUGUCGCAAAUGUGGUUGGCCUUUUCCAAACCCACAUCCCAGUGCCAAGCACAGACGUGCCCACAAGAGGAUCUGUGGAACCAUUGAAGGAUAUAAGCUGGUUGACUCCGGAGAGCAUACCCAUUUGGCUGUUUCAGACGAUGAACAUGGCUCUGAUGAUGAUCUACGAACCCCGAGUCCAAAAAUUGUGAAGAAAAGCACUAAUGAGUUCAGUAGUGGUGGAAUUGGUGAGAGGUCGAAUAGACCAGAAGAUGAAGCGUUUUCUGAUGCGGUUACUGAAUUUUCUUAUAGUGGGUUUAGUCCUGUCAAUGAAGAGCGAUUCGCGGGUGUCAGAGUGUCUGAUAAGAAUGUGGAAAAUGUUGUGGAGGGUGAUCCGGGCAUCAACCGACAAUUCAAGGUUGAUGCAACUGCUGGUACUGUCCAACUACCCAACAGUCCAACAAACAGCAGUCAAAUGCACAAUCCCAAGGUGCUAGAUACUGAAACCGACCUGUUAGGAAGUGCUAUGUCCAUUGAAGAUAUUUUGUCAAGCUGUAACUCUGAUUCGGUGGUAAGUUCCAACAGCAAGACUGAGGAACUUGCUGUUGGGAACAGCAGUGUGAAUGGUUCAGCAGGUGAUUUGUCCCAUAUUAAAUCUGAGACAUUCACAGAUUCACCAAAAGAAACAAAUGUUGGUGACCGUGAGAUGCAAUCUUCAACGAUGCUUCUUGAGCAGGAGACUGAUGUAAAAGGGUGUGAAGAAAGUAACAGAGAUGAAGUCUUAUCUGACGUUGCAGUCACACCUAAUCAAACUACAAGCGAAGAUCUAAAAACUUCAGAUUCUGUAACAGGGGACCAAAUUGUGGAAUCGCAGGAAAAACAAAUUCAUGAAUUUGGACCUGUGAUGUCUCUGCAUAAUCUCACCUCUGAAGUUAAAUCUUGUGAGCACAUGGAGGUUGUGGGUAACACUGAUCAUAUUGAAUCAGAUUCUGCCCAGGAUAGAGAUGUUGUUAGUCAUGGUGAUUCAGUUGAUGGAUACUGCAUAAAAGGGGAAGAGAAUGAAAAUGCCCAUGUUCUUUCAGUAGCCAAUAUACCUGUGGUAGACCAUCCAGAGAUCAUGGUUGAAGAUUUCCAAGACCACAAAGCUGUGAAAUUGAACUUCCCUGCAACUCUAGACUCUGGUGAAGUACUUGAACCUGUGGUAGAUGAUAAUAAGGAUACCUUCUAUGAGGCGAACAGCUCUAGUUUCGUUUCAAAUCAGUCAGAUCAACACAUCCACUUAUCUUCUGCAGAGUUGCAUGCUUUGGAAGGUGACCUUAAACAGGAAGCUGGAGGCAAUAAGGUUUUAGUUGCAGAAAUACCUGUUGAAGGGGAAACUGAUACUUCAGAGUUGAAUCUUAGCAGUGAAGACCUCAGGCCCAACGGUGUAGAAGCCUCUCUGGAGACAACUAUGAGUUUGGAAAUUCAAACGGAUUCCCAUCUUGAAGAACAACAACCGCACGAUUUUCAUGCUGAUUCAUCACAGGACAUUCUGCCAGAAUCUACCACAAUGGGGCUCUCUGAUGUGAUUCCUGUGGCUAUAUCUGCAGAUGAUGCAGUUAGUCAUAAAACUGACUUAAGUGUAGGUAACAAUGCUUAUGAUCAGGAGAAGGAUAAAACUGAAAUAUGUGAUACAGAUGGAAAAGAGAGUGGGGAAGAAGUUAAUGUAGAGCUAUCAGCAAACAUAAAAACAUCCUCUGAAUCUGUGGACGAUUUUUCUGUGUACAAAGUUAAUCAAACUACCAACUUUAUUGGAGAAAAGUCUGCAAUGGAAAAUUCUGAUCUAGUUGAGAAUGAAAGCAGAGAUAUGGCUGUGCAGGAAAAACCUGAAACAAACUCGAGAAUGACCUUUGAAUCUGCAUGCAAUCUCUCUGAAUCCGAAGUUGUAGAUGAUGGAAUGGAUAAAGUUAUGAACUUGCAAGAAACUGAAACCACCACAUAUUUUGUUUCAGAUUCGGGUGACGUUGGUCCUGAUGCAAGCCACUUGAGAAUUACAACACAAACUCAAUCUGGUUCACAAAGUCAGCAGGAUGAAAAUUCUGAGGAUGCCAUGAAAGAACCCAAGUUCAACAGUAAGAAUGAAGUAUUGGCAGACACGGUUGGUGUGACGUGUGAGGGUGCAAAAUCAAAUAAUGAUAGUGGUGCUGAAGCAUCGCAGAAAAUUUCAGAAAUUCCUCCAGAGCAUUUGCCAGCAGAGUUGGGUUUUAGCAUGAAAAGCUCUGCUACAGUUGACAAUGGCUAUUGCAGGGAUGAUGUUUUGGGUGUUUCAGGCACUAGUACUGAACACCUGAAGGAGGAACGUGAUGAAAACUUUACCAAACAACAAAUUGAAGUUCCCGCAGUUGAUGUUUCUGUUGAUUCAGGUAGCCAAACUGAUAGUUUGGAGGGAAACUGGGGUUCUGUUUCAGGAGCAGUGCUUUCUACCCAAUCAGAUGCAGUGGCUGCCAUUAAUGCUCAAGCUUUACCAACAACUGCAUCCGAAGCACCAGCACAAUCAGAGAUGCAAAAUCCCAAAACUACCUCUGAGGGACACCAUUCUAACAAAUCUGAUGUUUUUGAACCCCCAUCUUUCAUGACAUUGGUUGAACGUGGAGACAGGGUUGACCAGAAUGCUGCUUCUGAUGACAUCCAGGCAGGGUUUCCAUCUUUUACUAAUGUUGAUAACCAGUCACAAGGAAGGAAGAAAAAUGAAGAGAUUAUUGCCAAGGUAACAAAUUGGAGCACUGGGAAACAACACAUUCCUUUGAAAAGCCUUCUGGGUGAAGCCAAUCUUGAAACCAAACUGAAGUCCCCUAUCCCAAAACAAACUCCGACUGUGACAAAAAGCAAUGAUGGCUCAGCCGCAACUGUGAAUUCAAUUCUGGGUCCUGAAGCAACCGCCAAUCAGGUUGCCGCUCAGAGAGAGAUGGGGAAGGAAUGGAAUUCUCCAGCAAGGUAUCUGUCUGACAAUAAGAAAGAGAAGAGGAAAGUCAAGGGGAGACCAUAUUGGGUACCCUUUGUGUGCUGCUCUUCAGUAAAUUAGGAUCUGUAAUAUGUUUUUGUUUUUGGAAAGUACUAAGUAGGGGAUGUGUAAUAUCUUGGUUAUCUUUGUAGAGACGUUUAUAGAUAAGAUGCAAAUCCCAUUGCACUAGUUUCAGUUAAGAUUGCGCAGGUGAACUAUGGUCACUGAUUAUUGAACUGCAAUAGUGCUUUUGUGGUAUUUGCAGUAAUUGUGUAGAUUAAUGCUGCUGUAGUUUUUUUU